UAGCCCCCAAACUCACCCUAUGUUUCGUUGACUUUUCAAUUCCACCCUCCUCUCCUCUUUCCCAGCGCAAAACCAAAUGGGGGCCAACGCGUCGGAACCUACCUCGUCCCGGACUCAACGGACUCGCUGGAGUCGGUCCCCUCGAACUGCGUCCAAUCACCUCAGUUCGUCUCCCUCCGAUUCGCAAUCUAGUCCUACUACCGUAUCUUACACAUCCGCUUCAUCUUACACAAAAGAGACGUCGUGGGAGACUUCAAUUUCAAGCCCAAGUUCACUUUCAAGCUUCCGCGAAUCCCUCUCCGAAAAUCCUCACAUCUACGACAUAACCGAAAUCCGAGCUGCCACCAACAACUUCUUAGCCAAGCGUUUCUCAUCCAAUUCAUCCUCUACCGCCGCUUGCUGGCGCUGCAAUCUCCGUGGCCGUGAUACUGUCGUUUUCCAACGCAAGUUUCGCCGCAAAAUCCAGAAGUCUCAACUCAAAGAGCGAUUAUCCAUCAUCUGUAGAAGCAAUCACAUGAGUAUAAUCAAACUCCUCGGCGCUUCCAUAUCCGGCGACUAUAUUUACCUCGUUUAUGAGUUCAUCGAAGGAUCAAAUCUCGUUGAGUGCUUGAGAAACCCUAGGAAUCCGAGCUUUACCGUUCUCUCGACGUGGAUUUCUCGAAUUCAAGUCGCUACGGAUCUCGCUCACGGUCUCGAUUAUGUUCACAAUAGCACCGGAUUAAAAAUCAGCAUCGUUCAUAAUCAUAUAAAAAGCAGUAGCAUUAUUGUUACAGAGCCUUCUUUCAAAGCCAAGAUUUGCCAUUUUGGAACGGCACAGCUUUGUGGUGAAACGGACAAGGAAACACUAGAAACCGGCUCUUCGAGACUAGAAACAGAAAUUGAAGAAGGUAAUGUGAGUUUUAGGGAAUUGAAUAGAUCCGACAGUACGGGCAGGAAAUUCGAAGCGCUGAGAGAUUACAUGUCGCCAGAAUUCAGAUCCAGCGGCAUCAUGACACAAAAAUCAGAUGUUUACGCCUUCGGUGUGGUGAUUUUGGAACUGUUAUCCGGGAAGGAGCCGUUGAAAUAUCGACAUGAUAAAAGGACCGGUGAUUUUCUAAGGACGUCAUUGGUGGAUACUGCGACGGCAGCCGCGGCGGAGGGAAGGGGAGGGUUGAGGAAGUGGGUUGAUAGGAGGUUGAAUGACUCGUUUCCAGUUGAGGUGGCGGAGAAGCUGAUACGUCUGGCGUUGGAUUGCGUACACGUGGAUCCUGAUCAACGGCCUGAUAUGGGACGCGUGGCAGGGAAGAUAUCCAAACUUUAUCUUGAGUCGAGGAUUUGGUCGGAUAAUGUAAAACUUCCGACCGGUAUUUCGGUCUCCUUGGCAGCUAGAUGAGUUGGAAAUAUGGCAGCCUGGUCAUCCUUGAGUUCUUUCAGUACUCACGCUUGAUUUUGACAGAUGUGGAAAGAAACAGAUUUUAUUCUUUUGCUCAAUCAGCAUAUCAGUUGAAAUCUCAUCGUCUAUUUUAUGAAAAUUACUAUGGCCGACAUCAUGAAGACGACAAUUAUAAAAUUGUUGGCGUAUUGCUGUAAUACAC